AUGUGCAGUAGUGCCCUCCAGUUUUCUCCAUGGCAGUUGUUUUUAAAAACGUCACACGAAUAAAACGAAGGAUUCCACGGAUUUAACGAAGGAGUUUAGCUCCCGUAAAAGGGAAAAAAAACGAAAUUUCGUCAGAUGAGCACUUUUUGUAAGGUCGAAAAAAGCUCGCUGUGCCGCGAUGCAAACUAACGUUCGUAAGCCCGCGAAAUCCGAGAAGACGCCACGGCGCAAGAAGCUCGCCACGGAGCAACAGAGCGCCGCUAUGGAUAUGUUCGUAACACCGAAACGUCAAAAGAGUGACGAUCUAGAGGUCACUGGUAUCUCCCGCAGUGGCCGUGUCAGAAAGAAAUCAUCCAAACUCGUUGACUUUGAAUCACCAGAUGAUUUUACGGAUAAGAAGUACAAACUACAGAAGGUUCAGCAAUUACAAGCUCAACAACUGUUGGACAGAUAUGAGACGCAGCAUAUGUCACCCAGCCAUUCCAUACAACAUGGAAGUGGUGGGAGGCAGAGGAAAAAUUCUAGUUCCAGUUCCGGACAGCAAAGAAUCAAAACAGAGACAUUGUCCGAUAACGAAGGCCAGUCGUCUGGAUCUGAAUCUGACGAUCCAAGUGGACUGAACGAAUAUGAAAGAUACAGUAUGGAUUCUGUGAGUGACGAUGACAUAGAUCCUCUCAUGAUAGAUGACAGAGAGGCAGGAUUCAGAAAGCUCGAACCACCUGGUCAGGAAACUCCUUCACAAGCGAACAGUUUGUACAUGCUUGAGAAAUGUAAAAAAAAACUGAUUAUCAAAGAUGGGAAAAUAAUUGGUAGAAUGAAGGCACAGCGAAAAGACAAAGGGAAAACAAGAUUCACCGCUUACAUGUUGUGGGCUAAAGAGAUUAGGCAAGAGUUACUCGAGCAAUGUCCUUACAUGGAUUUUGCAGCUAUUUCUAAACGUUUAGGAGAACUGUGGGCUACGGUUCCGAAUCUGGAAAAGUAUAACUGGCGCAGACGCGCGAAACGCUUGGCAGCGAAGCCUCACUCUUUACCACCGAGUAAAGAUGAGCCAGUUUGGAAAAUGCCGCCGCCAGCCUCGCGAAAAAAGUUCAUUAACAAAAUUGGUAAUGGGAAAGAGCAAAAACCAGCUACCUCGAAAAAGACUAUACAGCUAGGCCUACCGUCCGUUGUAGGAAACGUACCAGUGUCUCCACCGUCGAAUCGAACAGGGAAAGACUUGGUUAACGAGCCCAUGAUAGGCACAGGAAUGUACAAAGUUGUUGGAACACAGCCUAUAGACGUAGCUGCCCAUUUAAAGCUUCUUGGCGAGAGUUUGACCAUCAUUGGCGAACGAUUGAAAGAACACGACGGGCAGAUAGCUGUUUCGGGCAGUCUGUCGGUUCUCCUGGACUCUUUACUCUGCGCUCUAGGUCCCCUGAUCUGUCUCACCCAACAGAUCCCAGAAACCAACGGAGCCAAACACGAAACACUCUCUCAAAUGCUCGACAAUAUCGCCUACCUUAUGCCUGGUUUAUAAUGCAUGGAAAACUGGAAAACACUGGAAAACUAUUCUGUAAUAAUCCACACUGUGUAUAUAUAUGUAUAUAUAUGGAGGAUUGUAUCAAAUAUUGCACAAAGAUACGAACUCGAAAUUUUCGAUGUUAAUUUCUCAUGAAAUUCUGGUAAAAUAUGACGAAACAAAGAAAAAACGCCCUUGUUAAACCCUCUGAGUCUAUAAUUAAUUGUAAUAUGCAGUGGGCAAGAUUUAGAGCUCAACAUUAUUUAUUAAUGUAGAAAUAUAUAAAAACAACGAAUUAAAAGAAUACAGUCAGCGUAAUAAGUAUUUGUACAGGAACCAUUUAUUUUAAAUGGAUUGCUGUACGAAUACCUUUUACAUUGACCGUAUUGGUUUUUCAAAUAUUA